UGGUCCAAAUGCGACAGCAGAAGAGAAAGAUAUUAACUUUCGGAUUUCUCCUCCUGGACCCGAGAAUCUGAUUCAUUUUUCGAACUUUCUGUACUUACUACCACAAUCCAAAUGAGAGUUCGGCGAAUUCUUCCUCUCCAAUCUGACUCGUCCAUUCUGCAACUUCGCAUUCCUCUCAAAUGGAGAAUGAUCUGACAUUGGUGGAGAUGUGGAGAAGAGGGAGGUUUUGAGGUACUGCUGUGGUUUUUCUUUUUCCGGUGAUGGUGGGGAUGAAGUUCCUGGCGGAGCAUGCCGAAGUUGCCGGCGGUGAGAAAUCGGGAAACAUGGCGGGUCAUUUCUGUAUUUUUGAAACGGCAUUGCUGCUACGGCACGUAAAACGUUAAGACGUAGCGACCAGCGUUUGCGGCUGCGUUAACGCCAGCGAUUGACGUUUGACUUUAUUUGGUUUUGUUCGGUUCUCUCUUCUGUUUGGUUUUCUUUAGUUUUUUGGUAAAUUUGAAUUUUUAAAAAAAAUGCUUCUCGUUAAAACAAAUUUUUAAGCUUCGGUUUAGAUUGGGUUCCGUUUUUGCUAUAAUUUUUUUUUUAUUUUCAAAAAGGAGUUACUCUUCGGUUUUACCGAGAUAAAUCAUAAACCGUGCAAUGUUUUGUUCCGGUUUCAUUCGGUUCGGUUUAGCAAAAUUUGAUUCGGUUCGGUUGGAAAAUUUUCCCGCCUUUUUAUGUGGUCACUUCAUAUUCCCAAGCACAAUUUUUCUCUCUCUAAAACACAGUCCCUUGUUUGUGUCGAUAGCAAAACCUCUUCGAAUUUUCCAGGAAAGUAAUUAGGAAAAGCCAAAUGGGGCGGAAGAGUAGACGGAGAGUGCCGGAGAUUCUAUGGAGAAUGUACGGAACCAGAGCAAGGCCGUUAGCGGACACAAUCAUAGAUCUGAUUCCUUGUCGGAAUAUCCAGACGGAGGAAUGCCGGUGCUGUCGCCGACGCUGCCUCCGAUGCAGCUCCGAUAAGGAAGCCUUUAUACUGCGCCAUGAUGAUCCGAUUCACUACCGUAAACUCCUUCGCCGUUGCUUCGUCGUCGUUCGAAAACAAGCCCCUCCUCUUCUAGAUUUCUCGCCCAAAUCUCGAUGGUCGCAGAGAGAGAUUGUCGAAAGAGUAAUUGAAAUGACAAGUUAUUCAAGUGCUGGUCGAAAUGUGAUUUGUGCUAGAUAUGACAAGUAUGAUCAGUCGAGCCCUAUUCUUGAAUCAUUGACAAGCUCAGCUUGGGAACUUCUUCUGAGCCGGGUUGGUCAUGAUGUUAUGGUUUAUCUACUACGACAUACAUCAAUAUUUUUGCCAUUUUUAGGAAAGAAACACCAGCAGGUGGCUGGCCCUCCUCUCAGUACCGAGCGAAAGGAGCAACUGUCCGUGCCCGUAAACAAGAGAAAGAGAGAAGAUAGAGCUCAGCCAUCAAAGAAGAGGCAGAGAUUAUUUUCAAAACAUACAUCUGCAGCUGUUAUUUCCAAAACUGGUGAGGAUGUAGCACAAGAGCGGGAAGCUUUAGAUAAGGAACAAGUUUAUAGCUCAACUCGAAAAGAGAGGAAACGUAAAAAGCGUUCAAGGCUGUAUCUUAAGCGUAGACAGAAGCAGAAACGGGUUGAUCUUCGAACUGCUUACAAUGAAACACCUUGUGUAACCUCUUGUACCACUGGAAAGACCUCAGCUGGGAAUCCUGAAGCCAACUCUAGGAAUCUGCAGACUGGUAGCAAUGUAAGACCCACGGUUCUAGCAAAGCAGGUUAAGACAAAGAAGCGGUCCAUGCUUAAUAUUUCGGAAUCCCUUUCAGUUAUACCUGCAAAGCAUGUGUUAAACAGCUUAAAGGCCAACUGCUCUGAUUCAAAGUUGCUAAUGAAGAUCAUAUUUGGUGAUAUAAGUGCUUGGUCAACAGCGUCCAUCCAUGGCAAGGGCAACUGCCCAAGUGAUUCUACCUGCUUGUACCAUUCUUUGCUCAAGUCGUUCAAAAGUCUUAUAGGAAAUGCUAGGUCUCGCCAUUUGAAAAAGUUACUGGAUAAGCACUGUCCAGCUGCCCCUUUUGAAGAAGAGGCUUUGGUGUCCACAAAUUCAAACUGUCAGAGCCAAGAGGGCAAAAAUCCAGAUGUGCAGCCUCAUGGGCCAAGUACUAAGAGGAAUAAGAAAGAUGCAGAAAUUGUGGGUCCUGAGAUCGAAGGAAUGAGGCCAUAUUGCACAAAAACCCAAGUAGUUUCCUUUAUAUGGGCUGUUUGUAGGAGUAUAGUUCCCGAAAAUCUACUUGGAACUAACCGUCAGAGGAGGGUACUAAGGAGAAACAUCGCCUGGUUUAUUUCCCAGCGAAGACAUGAGAAAUGCACCGCAAAGCAACUCUUGCACAAGGUGAAACCAUCAAGCUUCUCGUUCUUCGCCCGAAAACAGAUAUUCUGCAUGUGUAAAGGACAUCAACUGCAUGAUAAAUCUAUCAGAAGCACACAGCACAUCUUGUGCUUGAAAUGGAUUUCUUGGCUUUUCUCGGAGAUAGUAAAUAAACUGGUUUCAGCCAACUUCUAUAUCACUGAAAGCCAAGACGGAAGGCAAAACGUUUAUUAUUACCGGAAAUGCAGUUGGAAAAGGUUAAUCAACAGAGAAAUUAGCAAAACCCUCGAUGGAUACAUCCAAGUGAACACGGCUGAAAGUAGAAGUGGAACACACGGGUUGUUAAAGUUCAGGCUUCUCCCGAAGGAAGAUGGUAUGAGAAUGGUAGUAAAUCUUAGUUCCUCGUCAAGAUCUUGUCCUCUUCGUGAUUCACAUGCUGUUUUGAAGGAAAUUCAGCUCAAAGAACCAGAUCUACUAGGUUCUUCCGUUUUUGACUAUGAUGAUGUUUACAGAAAGUUGUGCCCAUAUCUGAUCAGUUUGAGGAGUCAAUCUGGAAAGGUUCCCCCUCUGUUCUUUGUGGUUGCGGAUGUAUACAAAGCCUUUGAUUCCAUCGAUCAGGACAAGCUGCUCUGUCUCAUGCAGUCUGUCCUGAAGGAUAAAUAUGUGUUAAACAAAUGUGCUUUGGUCUGCCGAGGAAAGAGAUCACAAUGGGUAAGUGAUGUACUUGUCUCCGUUGAUAAAAACACUGGCCGUUCGAGAUUCACAUCAGCUGCUCCAUACAGACCACUGCAUCAUGUCAUAGUUGAUCGGGGAGAAAGUCAGUCAAUAAGGAAAAGUGACCUCAUGGUUUGGCUGGAAAAGAUGUUAAAGAAUAACUUCCUGCAGUUGGAUGAGAAAUUUUACGUACAAAAAGUCGGUAUCCCGCAGGGGCAUAAGUUAUCUUCUUUGUUAUGUUGUUUAUACCACGGCCAUAUCGAGAGGACUUUGAUCUAUCCAUAUCUUCGGGAGUCCGCCGACUCUUCGAGCUACAAUCUGCUGAGAUUUAUCGACGAUUUCCUUUUCGUGUCUACCUCGAAAAAGCAAGCGGCAAGCUUUUUCCACAGGUUGCAGGGUGGAUUCCCUGAGUAUAACUGCUUCAUGAACAGAAAUAAAUUCUGUUUAAACUUUGAGGUCGAUGGUGAGUCACGAUCUUCAUCAUCAACGAAGAGGAUGUAUGCGGGUGAGGAUGGAAUUCCUUUCGUUAGAUGGACUGGUUUGCUCAUCAACUCUUGCUCAUUUGAAGUUCAAGUUGACUACACAAGGUACCUGAAUAACCAUAUAAGCUCGACCUUUACGGUAGCCUGGCAAGGUAAACCUGUUCGCCAUCUAAGACGAAAAUUGUGCUCAUUCUUGUCACCGAAAUGCCAUCCCAUCCUCUUUGACUCGAACAUCAACUCGGGAGCUGUUAUCAGAUUGAAUGUCUACCAGAUUUUUCUGUUGGCUGCAAUGAAAUUCCACUGUUACGCCUAUGAGCUAUCUCGGUUUUGGAAGCUUCAUCCAAGAAUGUGUCUAAAAUUCAUCAUAAGAUCCAUCAGGUAUAUGUUCAGGCUCGUGAGGAGAAGGAUGAGCAGCAUAAACACCGGGUCUAGUUUCAGACCGGUACUUAAGCUGUACAAAAAAGAAGUGACUUGGUUAGGAAUACAUGCUUUUAUCCAAGUUCUGAAGAAAAAGCAAACCCGUUAUCGGAUCCUCUUGAUGUAUUUGAAGUCUGCAUUGGCGGAACAUAAGCUAUCCCGGAAUCUGUCACGGGAAAUGGAGUACGCCAUAGACAGGUCGCACUCUUCUUCCCUGUGGGAAUUGAGGUAUUAAGACCUCUCCUGUCUACUUCUUUAAUGUGUUUUCGUGUCAUUCUUAUCUCCAAGUUUUCAUCUUUUGUAUUCAGAUGCUGUUCUUCCAUUCCAUACUAAGUAGAAAACGAAGCAUGACUUGUUAAUUUCA